UUGACAUUUCGAAGUUAGGUUAGAAUAAAAUAUAUUGUUUGCUUUAUCAUUUUCUUAAAAGGCUUUUUCAAAAUUUUCAUUAUAAUUAUUACUAAGUAAACGAUGUUCGACGAGGAAAAAGAGAUUAUAAGUAAUACUCAGAGUCGCAUUUUAGACUUAUUUGCCGAGCUAGAUGACAAAGAAUUAAAGAGUCUGGAACAGUGGUUAGGAAGUAAAAAGUAUAGAAAAGACUUAGAAAAUAAGAAAUCAAUCAUAAGGUCUGACAAGUUACUACAAAAGAUAGUAGAUACUAUAAAGAAAUUGGUACCAUUUGAUGCGGAGUUGCCAUCAGAAAACAUAAUGUUGCCAACUGUUGGAGAUCAAGCAGAUUGCAACCAAGUGAACACUCGUCAUGUGGAUGAGUUGCUUUAUGAUGAAGAACAAGUUGAACAGCUUGUUAAAGAGGGAAAAUUAUCUAGACAUUACUGCCUAGACUGCAAUUCACAAAAUAUUAAAGAGCUAAAUCUUAUUUCACAUUCUAUGUCGAGAGUACAACUUCAGUAUAUAUUUAAAGUUCUGCUUCCAAAGGAUCUGGAGGAUAAACAGAUUUUGGAUGUGGGUUCCAGAUUUGGUGGAAUUUUGUAUGCUGCAUAUUAUUUUACAAAUGCAUCAAACAUUAUUGGCAUAGAAAUGAAUAAAGAAUGUUGUGAAAUACAAGAAAAAAUAAUAGAACAAUUUGGAAUGGAUAAAAACCGAAUAAAAAUUGUCCACUCUGAUGUAACUGAUAAAGAAGACUUAGUCAAGAAAUCUAAUAUUUGCAUCAUGAAUUGUUUUGAUUUUUUUGUACCUAUAGAGGAACACAGAAAAAUGUGGUACUUUUUUAAGGAACAUUUGCCUAAGGGGAGUUAUGUUGUUUUGAACAGAAGUAUUGCUGAUACAUUAACUGCAUUAGACAUGUUUGAAGAAUUUAUAGAUUGGCUAAGUAUUUGUAGACCAUUUCAAUUAGAAAAUGAGAUUUUCUUUGCUGUAGAAGAUUUACAUGAGAUAUUUCUGUACACUGUUAAUUAAAUUUAAUAAAUUA